AUGAUCGAGAUCAAAAAUUACGGAGAGCUAGAAAAGCUGAUCGAAAAAGAAGAAGUUGUUAUUGGCGUCUGUCUGGCAGACUGGAGCAGAUUGUGCAGAAAUAUCAAAAAGGAGCUGCCAGAGAUUGCGAAAAAAUACGAAAACAUCAAAUUUGCCGCGAUAAACGAUAAUGCUUACGACAUCAGAAAGAAGUACUCGAUCGCCUCUUUUCCUACUUGGCUGAUUUUCAAAAACUCGAAGCUGAUUUCGGAAAUUUCGACUUCAAGCGAACAUAUUCUUCAAUCGCGAAUUUCUGCUGUUCUAUAA